CAUUACUUAUUAUUCAUGAAAUCAUAUAAAUGAGGGUUUUUUCCCCCUUAAUUUAGACAAUGAUUCAAUUUUAUUUGUCAUUAUUAAUAAUUCUUCAAUGGGAUAUUGACAUUUGUUAAUGUUUUGUUUUACUUUCUAAAAUUUUUGUUAUCUUGGGAUUUGGGAAUGAAAUGGAUCGUGGUGUGAAACUCAUACAUUAAACAAAUGAGAAUUUCUAUUUCAUGUCCUUCUCUCUCUCUUUCUAUAUAUGUAUUUUGUGGUACUAAUAUUCGUAGACUAUUGUUUAGCUCUUAAAGUUCCUUUUAUUGGUAAAAAUCUCAUUUCAUUUUAAUACUCUUGUUUAAGGCCAAUCCUGGAUGUAGUUGGUGUUUUUUAUUUUGGCAAAAAUAUGAUAUUGAUAUCACAGAUAUGACAAGUGUUCCAUCAGGGAUGUUUAAGAAAAUUAUAGUGGUCUUGUUGAUCGGGUUUAUAGCAUGGGCAUUUCAAACUAUCCGCCCUCCACCUCCAAACAUCUGUGGUUCCGCAGGUGGUCCACCCAUCACAGCACCAAGAAUAAAGCUUAGGGAUGGAAGGUAUUUGGCCUAUAAGGAGCAUGGUGUUCCCAAAGAAACGGCCAAAUAUAAAAUUAUCUAUUCACAUGGCUUUGGCUCUAGCAGACAUGAGUUAGCCAUUACGACAUGGGAAAUAGUUGAGGAAUUACAGGUGUACUUUGUAACUUUCGACAGACCAGGUUAUGGAGAAAGUGAUCCAGAUCCAAAACGCACCACAAAGAGUAUAGCUUUGGACAUAGAAGAGCUAGCUGAUCAGUUAGCACUUGGAUCCAAAUUUUAUUUACUUGGGUUGUCAAUGGGAGGACAGGUGCUUUGGGGCUGCCUCAAGUACAUCCCUCACCGUCUAGCAGGAGCAACACUACUCUGUCCAGUUAUCAACUACUGGUGGCCAAGCUUUCCUGCAAAUUUAUCUGAAGAAGCUUACUACCAACAAUUCCCACAAGAUCAAUGGGCACUUCGUGUUGCUCAUUAUGCCCCAUGGCUCAACUACUGGUGGAACACUCAGAAAUGGUUUCCCGCGUCUAGUGUUAUAGCUGGAAAGCCUAAAUUCAGCCAGCAAGAUAUAAGUCUCAUUUCCAAGCUUACCAGGGGUGAAAAACGCAAGGAAAAUGUAACACAACAAGGAGAUUUCGAGUCUAGGCAUCGUGACAUGAUGAUUGGAUUUGGAAAAUGGGAAUUUGAUCCUAUGGAACUCGAGAACCCUUUUCUUGGAAAUGAAGGCUCUGUUCAUAUAUGGCAGGGUGAUGAAGAUGGUCUUGUGCCUGUUAUACUGCAGCGUUAUAUUGCCGGAAAGCUUCCAUGGAUUCACUACCAUGAAUUACCAGGCGCGGGACAUGUGUUUCCUUUUGCAGAUGGAAUGACUGAGACCAUCUUAAAGACACUCUUACUCAGUGAGAAGUAGCCUACUGCAGAAAUAAUUCUCUAUUCAAUUCGAUUAUUAUUUGCCGGGGAAGAGAAGUUUCUAUUCAAUUAUUGAGUAAACUUGGUGCCUGAGAUGAAAGUUUUAUUGAUUGAUGUUUUAUAAUACAAUAGGAUGGUAACAUUAGCAUUACUCAAAUUUUGUUGUCUUGGGUUAAAUUUGGAGCAGUAUGUGUUCUGCAGUGCUUUCAUUGCGUAUUGUUGUGGCUUUAUUCAA